AAUCAUUUUUCCAUUUUCCGGGACACUGAGAAUUUCCUUUCUUUUAUUGUGACUUUGUCAUCCAUAUUUCAACGUUGACCAAUCCAUUAGCCAAAAAAAACUCGCCACCAAAGAGAACGAGAGGAUCAUUUUUCACUAUUUGGGUAGAUCUUGUUCAUGGAUUCCAAUAAUUUUAUAAGAUCACAGAAGCUAUUGGAGUUGUCACAACGAUUUCGUGAAACGAAGUCCGUUUUCCAACUUUCAGUUGACUCCUCAAGCAAUCAAUCAACCCAAUCUGAACGACUGAAAAGACCCAGCCGAGCUGCAGUUCUAAUCUGCCUAUUUGAGGAAGGAGACGAUAUCUAUGUUAUUCUAACCCAACGAUCGUCGACCCUGUCGUCUCACUCUGGGGAAGUGUCUUUGCCUGGAGGAAGAAGAGACGAAAACGAUACAGAUGAUAUUAGAACCGCGUUGAGGGAGGCUGAGGAGGAAAUUGGAUUGGAUCCUGCCCUUGUUGAUGUUGUAACUGUUCUUGAACCCUUUGGAAGCAAGGGUAAUGUUAGUGUGGUUCCAGUGAUUGGAAUACUAUGGGAUAAACAAGCAUUCAAUCCACUUCCAAAUCCUGAAGAAGUAGAAUCAAUCUUUUAUGCUCCUUUGGAAAUGUUUCUCAAGAAUGAAAAUAGACGAGAGAAGGAGAUAGAACACAGGGGAGAGAAAUUCUUGCAUCACUAUUUCUAUCACAAAACGAACGACAGGGUAUAUGUGAUAUGGGCUCUAACAGCCGGAAUCUUGAUAGACACCGCCUCCCUGUAUCAACAUAAAUCAUUUGUUGUAGAUACAACUGCUUUGAAGAUCAUAGGAGAAGUUCUUGACACAUUAAUUCGAUACUUGUCGACCACUUCAAGUAGUUGUGGUUUGGGUUUUUAUGAUCAGACCACAAUCACCAUUUCGCCGCCAAUUCAAGUGGAGAUUUUCACAUUAAUAAUUAAUUGGCCACUUGACUAG